GGCAGUGCUUAUCGAUAGGAAACUAAUCGAUUUUUGGCCUUUUGUAUAAGGUCCUGAGCUUGUUGCCCGUAAUCGGUCUCGCUAUUUUAUUGCCAUUGCAAUUUGGAAAUCUUAAGCGUUCUGAUUGCACUUUUCGCUGACCUCAAACAAAUUAAAGAAAACUACAAAAAUGCUUUUCAAUGGCGCAACCGGCAAUGGGCAGCAGGGUCAGGGCCAGAAUGCCCUGAAUCAAUUGGGACUAGGCCAGGAGGAGGCCGCUCUAUUCGAACAGUACUAUCUACUUGGCGAUGGUUCCAUCGGUCUGCGCAACCAUUCCAUCAACUUGUCCAAUCCGCCCCUGAAAUCGCGUUGCUGCCAGCUCCCAACGCUCAUCCACGACAUAUGCGUCAACUGCCUGAUGGAUCUCUGCGAGGAGUGUGGCUACUCCUGCGGCGAGUGCUCUAGGUUCAUUUGCCGCAACUGCGUGACUUUAUUUGGCAAUCGAGUUGAAGAAGAGGACGAUCCGCUGUGCGAGCACUGCCAGAUGUUCUUCAGCUAGGGCUUCACACAAUCAAGCACUCAUAAGCUCGCGGUGCUUGUUAAAUAUUAAGUUCUGAAGCGGUCUACAAAUUUGGGACGACUCAAAGUCAAAUGUAUUACUCCUUAAAUAAUAUAGAGCCAUAUACUUCUUAACACGAAA